AUGAGAAUACUUUUCGUGUUUAUCGGGUCGAUUUUGUUGGCUUUGGGUGGCCUACCGCUGCCCGCGGAGGGGGCCAAAAUCUUGGCCACUCUGGCCUGGCCGGGACGCUCCCAGUACAUCUUCGUGGAGAACUAUCUGAAGGGAUUGGCGGCCCGAGGUCAUGAGGUCACGGUGAUCAAUACAUUCAAGAACAAGGCCACACCGAAUAUGCGUUUCAUAGAGGCCCUCAAAGUCCAAGAGUUUCACCAACAAAUGCUAGCCGAAUUGGAGGCAUCCACGCUGUGGCAGGAACUCAAUGCCAUAUCGGGACUUGAGGAAAAGAUCGCGGCCUUUACCCUGGACGAUGAGGCUGUCCAGAAGCUGAUGAAAUCUGGCGAGACUUUCGAUGUGGUGCUGGCCGAAAUGAUUGAAGUACCAGCGCUGUACGGGAUGGCACAGCAUUUCAAUGCCACCUUGGUGGGUUUUUCCAGCUACGGCAGCGACUACCGGAUCGACAGUCAAUUGGGGAAUACCUCGCCAUUGUCCUAUAAUCCUUCGAUUAUGUCGCCACGCACCGAUCGCAUGUCCUUCUGCGAGCGACUCACGAAUCACUACGAAUAUCUAGUGGAAAUGCUGCACCGCCAAUUGGUGCACCUCCCGGCCAUGGAGCGAAUGUACAACAAGUAUUAUCCGAAUGCCAGGCAAACGAUGGAUGAGGUCUUGGACUCGUUUGCCUUGGUGCUGCUGGGACAGCAUUUUUCACUGUCAUAUCCACGCCCGUAUCUGCCGAAUAUGAUUGAGGUGGGAGGAUUGCAUAUUGCCCACAAGCCCCAGCCCCUGCCAGAGGACAUCAAGGCGUUUAUCGAGGGAGCCGAGCAUGGGGUCAUCUACUUCUCGAUGGGUUCGAAUGUGAAAAGCAAGGAUCUGCCCCAGGAGACACGCGAUACGCUGCUCAAGACUUUCGGGAAACUCAAGCAGCGAGUGCUGUGGAAAUUCGAAGACGAUCAGUUGCCGGGAAAACCCGCCAAUGUACUGAUCAAAAAGUGGUUCCCCCAGCCGGAUAUUCUGGCCCAAACGAAUGUCAAGCUGUUCAUCACCCACGGCGGAUUGCUGAGCACCAUCGAGAGCCUGUAUUUUGGCAAGCCCGUGCUCGGCCUGCCCGUCUUCUACGAUCAGCACAUGAAUGUGGCACGCGCUCGACGCGUGGGCUUUGGCCUGGGCCUCGAUUUGUACAACCUAAACGAGCAGGACCUCGAGGAGGCCAUCCACAAACUGCUCUCCGAACCCAGCUUUGCCAAGGCCUCUGCCCAGAUCUCAGAGCGGUAUCGCGAUCAGCCCCAGCCAUCGCUGGAGCGGGCCAUUUGGUGGACCGAAUACGUCAUCAGGCACCAGGGUGCACCGCAUCUGCGUGCCACAUCGCGGGAUCUCAACUUCAUUCAACUCUACAGCCUGGAUACGCUCUUCGUACUCGUGGGUCUGCCGCUGCUGCUGGUGGCACUGCUGCUUAAAGUAUCUUGCAGAUUGUUGCAGGGCCGUAAGCCGAAAGGCUGUCCGUAUGCCGAUAAACUGAAGAAACAGUAGACACACGCUCUGUGUUUGUUUUUGUAUAUAGUUUAUUGUUAUAAGUCUUAUCAGUGUUUUAGGAGCUGUUAUCACUGCUGUAUAACAGCUGCUCUGCUAUCACUGCUGUAUAGAAGCUAUUCUGUUAUCUCUGUCUCUAAGUUGAAAUUAUAUUUCCUCAUUCUCCAA